AAGGAGCGAGAGAGAGAGCGAGGACAGGAAACAUUCAGGCGCAUCUGCACCACGGACGUACGGCCACUUGUUCACGUCUCGCCAGCCGGAAGCUCCGAAGCAGGUUGAGAAAAACAGCCACAAUGAGGACAACUUGUAUCUUCGCGCUGACUUUUAUGCUUGUCACAGCGGUGUCCGUCUCUGGCAAGGCCAACGAGGAAUCCGUGAUGCUGUUCCUCGAGGAGGAUUUCCACAUCCUGCUGCACGCGGCCGGGCUGGAGGUGACGUUCCGCCCGACCCCGCGCUCACGCGAAGUGGUCCUGAUGCGAGGUGGCGUGGUCGUGGGCGACAGGGCCAAAAUGAACAAGCGCCUCAGCCACUUGGUCGUCAACUCGCUGACCGAGCGGGACGAGGGCGUGUACACGGUGAAGAACCCCGAAGACCCCAAGGACUUCCAAACCAUCAAACUCUUCGUGAGAGAUUGCUUCAACGAGGAGAUGGUGAAAUAUGGAGAAAACUACAGGAUUCCGCUGUUCGGGGUGACGCCACCCAUCACCUUGGAGCACAGGUCCAGUGCGGAGGAGGCCAACUUGACAUCCAAACCGGCCCAGGUGCUGCUGACGAGGACGGGCGAUGUUCGGACCAGCCACAGGGAUCGCAUUAGCGUCACCGAUCACCACGUGGUCCUUAGGUCGGCGACGAGGGCCGACGACGGCAGCUACACCGUCACCGACGCUCAGGGCAUCGCCCGGAUCAAAAUCUGUCUUCAGGUCAUUGAGCACCAGUACUUUGUCAGCCUGCAUCACGGCGAACGGCUGAAGAUCAACCUGAUGCUUAACAGUUCCUUGGCGCACCUCUACUACAGCGCAGACACGAACCACCAACCGCGCCUACUCAUGGAUCAAGGAGAAUUCACUGAGGCCCAGACGAAGCUUGGCUUUGAAGGUCGCCUAUCUAUAGACGGUUCGCUGGUCUUUCUGGAUAAGGUCAAGCGCUCUGAUGAAGGCCUGUUCAAAGUCACCGACCUACAGGGAUUUCCUGUGUCCAGCAUCCACUUGGAACUCAAACCCUACAAACUGGAGUCCAUCUACGUGGCCAUCAUCUCCCUGCUGAGCCUGCUGGUCUUCCUCCUUCUGGCCUGCCUGCUGUCCUGCCUGAUCAAAGUUCAGAAGAGGGCCAAGAGGGCGGCCGCCCUGGAGAAGAUCGCCCAGAACGCUGGCAAGGAGGACGAGGGGGAGGCCUUCCGACAGGUUGUCAAGAACAUUACAAAACUCAAUGAGGAUUCCAAGCAUUCGCAGGCUGACAACACAGAGAAAUCUCAGAGCACUGAGGUGGACAUUAAAGGUCUGGAGGUUUCUUCAAAGGAGGUCGGUAUUGGCAACCUAGACACCAGUGACUCCGGUGUUGGCUUUAACACCGCCCUGCCGCUUGACACUGACACCGAUGCCCCCGACCAAGUCCCCGACUCCGAGGCCGUGAGCAUCUCCGUCGCCCCGGAAACUAAGUCGAGUGCUCCACCGCCGCCAGCCGAAGAAGUGAGGCCCAGUCCAGCACCCGAAACCGAGCCCAGUGCCCCACCUGCUGUGGAAAUAAAGUCUGAAACCAAAGCCGUCGAGACGCCCCCUGCCCAGUCGGUGAGCUUGGAUGUGCCCAAACCGGCCGAAGUCAAGUCGAGUCCCGCCUCAAGCCCUGGAACCAAGAGUCUGGCAAGUCCAGUGAGUCCAGCUGAUCCGAAACCCGCAGCCGUCGGCUUGGAGCCCAAGACGGCAGCCCCGAAAGUCCCCAGCCCAGCUACCGAACCCCAAAAAAUGUUUUCGUCUGCCACCGGUGUGGCCUACGAGCCUCCCUCCUCUGUCGACCACAUUCCAUUCCUGACAGAGCCCAUCCCUAACGGCACCCCGGAGCCAGACCCAGAUCAUGCUGAUCUAAUCGGAGGUUCCUCUCUGUAAGCAGAGCCCUACCCCAAAAAAACCCCGAAAUGGAUCCUAAAUGAAGCGGUGCUGACAGAGAUGAAGAUUCCACCCAUCACCACCUGAGGACUUCGCCCGGCCCCACCACGCCCUGUGUCACUGUUCCCCGCCAUGCACUUUAGACAAUCAAGCCCCCUUUUCCUCGAAUUGGGACUUUGGUUGACCUAAUGGCUGAACAUAACGCAACCAUCCACAUUUUUUUCUAUCUGUAACCACCACGUGACAUCCUAGCUUUGUAUUUCUCGCAGCUUUUUACUUGAUAAUUCCCCUCCAACUGCCAGACUGCAACCGCAGAGUUUACAAGAAGAAACUCCACCCUAAGGUAUGUCGAACACCAGGUUGUGCUUUUCUUUACAUGAGUCUAACAAUUUGGCCUCACCGUCACUCUGCCUACACGCUGAAUGCCUAUGUACUUACUAGCAUGCAAAAAUAUGCAAAACAACAACAAAAAUGCUCGCAAACGUGAUGUCAAGUGCACGUGUACAUGAUACAAUCACAUUUUUACAAAAAAGGAAAAAAAAAACAACUCAAGUGGGUUUUGUAUAACUUUAUAUGCACACAAACCAAAUCACACGAGCGCCGUUAAGUCAAACCUCUGAUUCCCAACUUUUGUGGAGCCAAGUCACAUACUUUUAGAAAUAAACAACAUUACAAGUGUAAUACAUUUAAUGUCAGGUAAAAAUGGAGUUUAAAAGCAAAAGUAAGAAAAGAUACUUUAAAGGAGAAACACAUCAAACGUGAAUAACAUUAUUAAAAUCACUAACACGAACGCACACAACACUGACCCCAUUAAAUAUCGUCAAAUAUGCCAGCCCCACCGAUUUUUAACACCGUCUCUCACCCAAGUGAGGGGCAGUUUCCCUGCUGCUGUUUAAGUUAGCAACAGAAUCCAAAUUGGGGGGGUUGAGGUGUUGAUUCAAGGGAGGCCGUUUAUUUGUUGUAAUUGGGCAAUUCAUUAGGGCAUGGCGUUGUAUGUUACAAUUAUUAACAUGAAGAGGAUUAUAAGUUUUUGGGAAUGCGACACAAGGAUUCGAUGGCGUUUUACCGCACCUAAUUCUCGAUAAAGGCCUGCUACAAUUGAAAUGAGAUCUUAUCCUCAAUUGCUAGAAACUAUUUGGAAAGAUGAAGGCAAUUAAGUACAUAGUAGUAACCAAUUAGGUGAAUCCCCUUUGCUUUUUUUUUUUUUUUCAUGAAGUCAUGCCGUCCAGUUCAGACAAAAAUGCUGCGAUCGCAACCCGUGCUGACCUAUUCAGGUGCUUUGUUUACACACUUGCAGUUUUACUUUGCUGACAUUUGAACAUUUUAUUUAAAACGAAUGAUCCUCUAUAUUGUAAAUUAGGGCUUCUCAACCUUACCAACAGACUGCUGCCAGUGUUGUAGCAUAGAGGGUCUCAGUCAAGGGGUCAGUCACCAAGGACGGGAAUAUUUAGUAGAGGUGGUCCAAAUUUAGAAGAGAAGAAAAAAAGGUAUUGGUAAAGCGUAUUGAGGUGAUUGAAAUGGUUGCAACACAGUCUUGACUCCAUUAGUUUCCUUGCACCCCCUGGCAGUGGCGUAGGAUUGUGGAACUGGAUGUUAAUCUCCAUGGGUGUCAGGCGAGUCCCAGUGUGCCUCAAAUUUUGGGGGAAACAUCACUUCAAGAUAAGAAAAAAAAAAUCACCAUAGAAUUAGCAGUAAUCAUGAUUUGACAAAAAUAGAGAGAAAUUUCAUAUCACCUUGACUGCACCCGCAUCCCCUCCCUCGUUCCCCAAUAUAAGAAUCCCUGUAAAGAUACCGUCCCCCUCUGGUUGGGAACCCUUGUUGUAAAUAAACUAACAUGACUUCGUUGUUCAGUCAACACAAUGUUGCUACAGAUGUGUGUAUCACGUAUCCCUACCUCACGGAAAACACUGAUUAACUGGAUUGGAUGAUAUUAUUAUUAUUAUAUCCCUAGAUUGAUAAGAGAAGCACAGAAAAGAAUCUGCCAUUGAAUGAAAUGCCAAAUGAUAACUGAAAUACAGCAUUGCUGUUAUAAUUUACUGGCCACUACUGAUAUCGUUCCUGACUUAUGGACUAUACUGAUAUCAGAAAAUAGUCUGUACAGUCAAUCUACAUUUGCAAAAGCCAUAAAAUUAGGAUUGAAAAAAAGCAAAACACUUGAAAUCCAAAAAGUAUUAAUGUGCCUCUUGUCUUUAGUGGCCAAACAAACAGCAGCAGCAGUUGGGUCCUUGGUAAAUAUGUCUGAUGGGUUCCAUUUAAACAAAGACACGCACGCACACACACACACACACACACACACACACACAC